AUGGCUUCCACCGCUGACAUCGCAUCUUCGUUCAUCGAGGGUGCCCCGCCCGGCGAGCUCGCCGAUGUCGUUGCCGAUGUCAAGACGCUCACUUCCGACGGCGAUGCCCUUAUCUCUUCCCUUGCGCCGGCCUUUGAACGAUACAAUGAGAAGCAGCUCGCGACGGUGAAGUUGCCGGGUGCGAGUCAGGAGGUCCUUGUUAGUGAGUUCAACAAGCUAGAAGAGAAUCGGUACUUCGACAUUGGGAGCUCGACGUCGUUUGAGGUGGAUCAUGUUACACAGGAAGCGUCCGCGGCGCAAUCGUAUGUUUUGGAGUCUCAGAAUGCGGAUUUCAUUAAAUCCCUUCUCAAGUCGCUGGCCGCACACGCCGUUGAGCACUACCCGCGCAGCUCGUACGGUGUGUAUCCGAUUGAAAACGACAGCGCCGUGGCGAUCGUGCUGGUUGCGAAUCGCUACUCGCCGAACAACUUCUGGAACGGUCGCUUCCGCGCCAUCUACACCGUCCCCGUCGCCGAAUCCACCACCGUGAGCGGCAAGAUCCAUGUCGACGUGCACUACUACGAGGACGGCAACGUCGCGCUGAACACCACCAAGCCGAUUAACCUGUCCGUGUCGUCGCUUUCCGCCGAGAGCAUCAUCUCGCGCAUCGCCGCCGCCGAGCGCGACUACCAGGAGGAAUUGAACCGGGCGUUUGUGCAGAUGGCCGAGGGCGCGUUCAAGGGACUGCGACGACAGCUGCCCAUCACGAGACAGAAGGUCGAGUGGGAGAAGGUGGGUGGUUAUCGGUUGGGACAGGAUAUUUCGGGUGGAAAGGGACGGUAA